AAAGCCUGGCUGCACACGCAUCUACCCACAUCUCUCUUCUUGAACCACCUCUUCUUGCACGGGCACGAUGGCGAACGAAAAGGAACUCUCGAAGGCGUCCAGCCAUGUGAAUAAGAACGACCGUGACCGCAAGGUCGGCAUGUCCUGCGCCGAAUGCAGGAGAUCGAAGUUGAAGUGUGAUCGCACCUUUCCGUGCUCAGCAUGUGUUCGUAGGGGGUGUGCCAAUAUUUGCCCUGAUGGUACCUUGGCUGCGACGAAGGGCAAUAAAGUCCUGCAAACGCAGAACGAAACGCUUCUUCAGCAGGUCAAGCGGUUGAAUUCACGCGUUCGGGAUCUGGAGUCUGCUUUGAGUAAAACACAGGCUCAAAUUUCACCUCAACCUCACCCACUUCUCGAAAAUGCCGAACGGUCCCCAGACUCCGAUGCGAACGCAUAUGGGGAAGAGGACUCCGAAAAAGAUGGUGCUGAAGAAGCGGCUGAUCUCGUAGGGUCACUUUCAAUUGGAGAAGAGGGUCAAACUCGAUUCCAUGGACAGUCUUCAGCGUCAGAGUUCUUGCAAACUCUUCUUCCUGGCUCCGAGGGAGAUCCUCAUCAACCAUUGCACUCCCAAAUGUUGUACAGGAUUGGCCUACCCUUGUUUAUCAUUGAUCUCAUCAAUGCCUUCCCCUUCAACGUAAUUACCCCAGAUCCGGAAGCAAAAUCUGCUAUUUUGCGUCACUUCCCUGAUCAUCAAAAAGCCUUGGCUCUUUCCCUUAUUUACUUCGAACAUGCGGGUUGUUCAUUCCAAGUGAUUCAACAGGAACUCUUUGUCCCCAAUCUCCUUGAAGCACUCUUGCAAGCUUCGAAAGGAGAGACAAGUGGAGAUAGACUACAUGCACAUCAAGUUGCCCUCAUUUACCUUGUCCUUGCAAUCGGUUCCCAUCUAAAUAGGGAAGAUAGCAACGGGAAAGCCGAUGGAGAGAAGUACUACCUACUAGCAUGCGCGGCAAUGUCGCUAAGCCCCAUUGUCAAAGUAUCAACGAGUGCAUCGUUACAGGCUCUAUUUGUCAUGGUACAAUACUUCAAUUGUGUUGAUAGCCCAGCAUGUGAGCGCCGAUGGCUCGUCAGCGGGGUCAUGUACCGUCUGGCCUAUUCAAUUGGUCUUCAACGCGAUCCUGCCGCAUGGAAACUUAGUGAAGAGGAGACGCAGCGCCGUCGCACACUCUUCUGGGAGCUCUAUGCGUGGGAUGCGUGGAAUAGCAUCAUCUACGGACGACCGCCUUCAUUGAAUAUCAGUUACACUGACUGUCGCUUCCCUGAGGACAAGUCGGAGAUAUAUAACGCCAAAGGCGAGAGAGAGAUGGGCUAUGAAGCAUACAAGCACCGCUUCGCGGCUUUCAUUUUUGCGCCGGUCUUGAGCCAUAUCUUUAGUGUCCGUCAACAAAGCUAUUCGGCAGUCCUCGAGGUCGACAUCAAGCUACGGAAACUGCCACCACCAUCUUGGCUUCUCGCUCCGACUCGGGGGAAGGGUGAGCCAGUUGACGGAAGAGCAUGGAACACAGAUCCAACGAAGGCUAUGCAACAGUACUGUGUCGUCUGCUACAGGGAAGCUACGUUGCUGUACAUUCAUCGCAAGUACUUUGCAACAGCGAUCAGGAUGAAUAGUGUAGACCCUCUUGCGACCAAAUAUGGCGCAUCCGUGAUGGCAGCUUGCAGGAGUGCUUGUCUCCUGUUGUCUAGUCUACGAUCGUUGUAUGGUGUAUAUCCUUGUAAAGCCUCAAAGCAGCCGUUCUUUUGGUCUGCUGCAUUCUCCUCGAUCAUUGUUUUAGGAUGUUUAGUGUUCAAUGCUCCGGGCUCCUCGCUGGCUGCUGAUGCACUGAAAGCCAUUGAAGAUGGCGUUGAGCUGUACAAAAUGCGGGUGUUUGAAGACAAUUUACCAAGUGUCAAACUAUUAUCGUCAGUACGAGACGCGGUAAAGUUCAUGUUCGAACAUUAUAAGAGACACGGACGGGAAGAUAAGGAAGAAGCGGAACGCCAUGGGCCUGACUGCGCAACUAUGCGCAUCUUGGAAGGAAGCACAGUCUUGAUCAAUAUGGAACAAGUGAAGGGGACCGAGUCAAUCAAGCCGUUACCGAUCUCGUCAGGGGCCUCACCGUCAUCGCUUUCUGAAUCUUCCGACGGGACGCACGACUACCGUUCUUCAUCGCUAGGUGCAUCUUCUCACUCUAGCUUGGAACAGAAUGCAGGAGACAUACGGAUGCUGGACUUCUCAGGGGUGUAUUACGCCGGGGACCCUUCGACUGUGCAUCACAACCCGGUUUUCGCAGCAGCAUCAUCUGUGUAUGAACCUCUGCUUUCCAUUCCUGACGAGCCUCAUAAAAUAGGCGCCCCGCAAGAUGGCCUUGCAAUGGCGCAGAACGGUAGUUUGUACCCGAUGACGGGAGGUUAUCUACCUCAGUCCGAACCUAUGAUCAUGCAGGACGCUGCUGCUAUGCCCCCGUACGGUGCACCAGGAAUGCAGUACGAACCAACGACGGGCAUGGCGGACAUGUACCUGCUAAAUCAAAGCGCAUACGUGUCGCAGGCAAAUGGAAUGCACGACCAGGCAACGUGGGAGAGGUUCUUGAGUGAAAUGGGUAUGUCUGUUGGAAAUGCUUAAUUUCUUUCUUCCUUUCUUUCAGCUUCGACUGCGUCGGACCUAAGGAUGCACGUUAAUUUCAUUCUGUUCUAUUUCUGUCUUAAUAUCUAUUUUUUCUCGGCUUUUCUCGAUCUUUAUUUGCUUAUUUGCUUCUCGUGUAGGAACGUAGGGUAUCGGCUUUGCUUUUUCUGCUAUCUUUACUUCUCCUAUUUUAUCAUCUAUCAUUUGCUGUACUCUAAUACUGUACAUACACAAA